GAUCUGUAAAACUUAUCUAUGCCAGCGGUCAUAGAUUACGUCACGUUAUCCACGUGCGUUUAUAAACCGUGUGAAGGUAUUAUUAAAGUUGUAGUUUAGUUGGAAAGUUUUCUGUUAAAUGGGGAGGACGAAGAAACGUAUUGCAUUUAACUGCUUACAUAGUUAGUGGUAUACAAUGGAGCAAACAAAAGUGCUUUUUCAUCCAGUAAUAAGUUCCAUCCAGAAGAUAGCAUUGUAUGAAACGAAAGCCAGAUUUUAUCUAAUCGGAUCCAACAACACCCAAACAAGAUUCCGAGUGCUUAAGAUCGAUCGAAUGGAGCCGUAUGAGUUGUCAGUCGUAGAUGACAAAGUGGAAUACACACAGGAAGAAAUUCGAGAUCUUGUCACCAUGAUUGAUGUUGGCAAUCGUACCCGUGCCGGCCAGCGAUCUGGCAGUAGUGGGGUGGCGAGAGUGGUGUCUGCGUUUGGGAUUGUUGGAGGUAAGAAAACUAAUGGUGUUGGAGGAACAGUGGAAGAUACAGCUUCUCAAAACAAGCCUCCUUUUUGGCAUUCCAUUUGGAAGCGCAACGCAUUCCCCCGACUAGUGCCAGCAUUUGGCUUGCUUGGGUUCGUGAAGUUCCUGGAGGGAUAUUAUAUAAUCCUCGUAACAAAGAGACGGCGUGUGGCGUUCGUUGGGUAUCACACCAUCUACAAGAUAGAAGACACCAGCAUGAUCUACAUUCCAAAUGACGGCAUUCGCGUCAGCCACCCAGAUGAACAGCGUUACGUCAAGAUGUUCCAAAGUAUCGAUCUUUCGAGCAACUUCUACUUCAGUUACAGCUACGAUAUCACGCACACACUGCAGAACAACAUGUCCCUACCCCGCAACAUUGUUCCAGCGCCCAGCGACGGAAACGGUGGGGGCGUUCCACAGUUCAAGACAUCAGAUGGAGGAGGAAGCAAUCCAGUGCAGGAGGCAGAUGAUUUAUUUACAUUUUGGAAAUUUUCAUCGAAACAGCAGCAAGACGGGCCUGAUGUUAAGGACAGCAAGAUGAAAACAGUAGACUAUGGCGUUUGCAAUAAGCCCAACAGAAGAUUUGUGUGGAAUUUGCAUCUUUUGCGGAAAGUAGAAGGAGAUCUCCAUCCUGAUUGGAUUCUCUACAUCAUGCAUGGUUUCGUUGGCCAGUCUAACAUGUCUAUAUAUGGCCGCUCAGUUUAUGUGACCAUAAUAGCUCGCCGUUCGAGCAAAUAUGCCGGCACGAGAUUUCUCAAAAGAGGAGCUAACUUUGAGGGAGAUGUCGCCAAUGAGGUCGAAACGGAGCAGAUGGUUCACGACUCAGCUGUCUCGUCGUUCUAUUCCGGCCACUUCAGUUCUUUCGUUCAGUUGCGAGGCUCAGUUCCUUCACAGUGGAGCCAAGACAUAAGCAAGAUGGUGCCGAAGCCUGCGAUAAGUUUCGAUCUGAGCGAUCCUUUCUGUGAGACCGCUGGUGAGCAUAUCAACCAGCUUUUAAGUCGCUAUGGCUCACCGAUUAUCAUUCUGAAUCUGGUAAAGAAACGCGAGAAGAAGAAACAUGAGAGCAUGCUGAGUGAGGAGUUCAGCUCUGCAGUCAAGUACCUGAACCAGUUCCUGCCACCUGAACAUCAUAUACAGUAUAUAAGCUUCGACAUGGCUCGGAUGAACAAGGGAAAAGAAGCAAAUGUAAUGGGGCGUCUCGCUCAGAUAGCUUACAAUGCUGUGUGUAAGACAGGAAUAUUUCAGAACCAGAAGCCUUACCACUCGCAGAACCCACGGUACGUUUUGGGGAAACCUUUCAUUGGACUGCAUGGCGUGCAGUGCCGUCUCCAGACCGGAGUCAUCCGCGUGAAUUGUGUGGACUGUCUCGACAGAACCAACACUGCUCAGUUUGCGAUUGGAAAAUGUACGCUGGGUUUCCAGUUAUGUGCCCUGGGAGUGCUGGAUGCACCUACGUUGGAGUUUGAUUCUGACUGUGUCCGCAUGCUGGAGGAGCUAUACGAGGAUCAUGGAGACACGUUAGCCCUGCAGUAUGGGGGCUCCCAGUUGGUCCACCGCAUCAAGACUUACAGGAAGACAGCUCCUUGGACUUCCCAGGGCAAUGACAUAAUGCAGACACUCAGUCGAUACUACAGCAACACGUUCUCAGAUGCCGAGAAGCAGCACACCAUGAACCUGUUCCUGGGAUUGUUUGUUCCUGAUGAGAGCAAGCCUCCCAUUUGGGAGCUGAUGACGGACUACUAUCUCCAUCAUCCACAAGCACUUGGACAGAAGAAAGUGAAAAGAGUCCCCCGAAGUCAGUGGUGGAAUGCUGAGGUGCUGCGGUACCUGCCUCGGGCGUACGACGACGUUUUCAAGAGCUGCAGUGACGUCAUGCAGGUGGGCAGAGAUGAGGAAAUGGCGGAUGGUUACGUGGACUACCACCGCCCGUACGAGUUCAGUGUGCUGAGCGAGAUGUUUGCGUACAAGAUCAGCCACUCUGUCAGGGACUUCAUGCCUCACUUCACAACAAACUUCAGUCCGUUCACGGUGCGUAUUCGUCCAGGUCGGAGGAGAGAAGACUCGUCCUCGAAAGGUGGUACUAUGAAGAACCCGUCCCUUACGGGGCAGAGCUCCACAGGUUCAACCGCUUCCAGUGCCAGUUCUAGCUCGGAGAGUGAGGACACGGACGAAGAUGACGACAGUCACAAUACUGAUUCUCAGCUCACGCCCUCUAGAGACAGCUGCUCCAGAAACAUCACAUUUGAGUCUUUGUUCCCUUCCAUGAAGCAGGUUUAUGGCACGGAGAUACAGCAUCCAAAGAAGUCGGAUGUACUAAUGUACAAAAGGUAUGUUCUGAUCGGCCAUUCAGCGAUUAAAACAGAUACAGAAACGAGAAUUUCUAAGACGGUGAAGUUGGUCCAACAGAGUGCGUUCUCACUGGACACUACGUUUGAAGUGAUGCCGCCCAAAGUGAGCAGGGCAUCGCAGGAAAUUUAUCGUCAGUAUGCGGAGAGGGGCAGAUCAGGAGCCUCUGAACCGAGCCUGACGGACUUGAUGAAAUAUCAGAAGUAUGUCAGCAACGGUACCUUGCAGCGAGAUGACUGGGACGAUUCUGUUUGAAUCGUCUGGCGAAAGGGGCCUUGUAUGGAGAUACAGAGCAUAAUUUAUUACCUUAUGUAAAAUAUGUAUAUAAUAAAUUUAUUUGCAUUUCACCACAGUA